AUGUCUUUCCAGUUCCACAUUGUCCAGUUAAUAGACAACUGUGUCCGUUUUCCACCAAAUGCUCCAUCUUGGCGUAUGCCGCGAAAUUUUCCGGAAUUUGCUAUCUCGGUUUCGAUUUUAUGUAUGCAUUCAGUGCGGAGUUGUAAUUCUGUGACGUCAGCUGAUGGCUAUCGAGCCUCGGGACGAAAUUCGAAGUUUGCGUGAAUUUUAGUUGAUAGCAUUAUCAAUGCGUUGGAAUUAAACUUUAGGAGGAAAUGUAUAGCGAGAUAUAUCAUAUUUGAACCCAAUGCUACACGCACACCGGUAGGCAUAUCCGAUUUAUGUGGUAAAUUGAAGUCUGAAUCGACGAGGGGGUCAAAAUGGCGUUGCACACCUUGUGUCUCACCGUCUGAUGAAUGUUGGUGGCUGAUGCUGGUUCGAUGUUUGCGCCAAGAAGCAUACCACGCAUAUCCUCUGUUGUAAGGCUGGUACCCAAGUGACCGACAGCCAUGGCAACAUUAAGCUGUGCGGCUCUCCGUCCCCUUCCUGAUCGACUGACUUCCUCGUACAGCUUUUCACUGUGACUGGUGUAAUGGCACUUCUUACAUCGAAUGGAAAGGAUCCAUGCCAGGCCUUUCUUUUCCUCCCCAUGCUGGUUCCAGUCCAGUGAACCGUCACAGUCCGGGAAUUUCUGUGAGUGCUCUUUAAAUGCAUGGUUCCAUAGUUUAGCAGUUUUUUCUUGAUGGAGCACUUUGUAAAGUCUGGAAUUAGGGCUCGGUGACUCUGCAUCCGUUUAGGAGUCUACCAGCUGCACUUCACUCGGCCCGGGUCGCAAAAUCUUCAUUUGACUGCCUCUACGCUCAGCAUCGCUUACUGUGAAUAUUCCAUCCUUCUGCUGCUGUACAACGUCCUGAAACUCUUCUUUACUCAGCCUUCUUAUAGGAUAUAGACACUGUACUGGACUGGUGGUCCCUGUACUUUUCUGGCCCUUGUUGUGAGAGCUGCCAUGUCUUCUAAGAGGAACCCCCAUCUUUGAUGACUGAUGGAAAAGCCUCAUCACCCCCCAUUGCUUAAGAACCUCUUAUCUUAAUCACUAGCCAUUAAUCAGUGACCACCGUUAUCAAAGCUCCAAGAUGCGCAUGAUGCAACUUCCUGGAUGGUGCUGAGCCUGUUUGUCAACAUGUGUAACCCACGUGUAUUUGGGGACAAUGCAUAUGAUCCUGAUGUUAAUGCAUCAGAGUUAUGGAUUGACAAACGAGAUAUCAAUGGGAAAACCUGCUUGAAUUUCACAGACAAUGGGAAUGGCUUGGUGCAAGAAAAACUUCACAAAAUGCUCAGCUUUGGAAAUUGUGAGAAAGUUGCCGUUGGUAAUCAUCAGCCAAUUGGUCACUACGGUAACGGGUUUAAGUCAGGCAGCAUGCGUUUGGGGAAAGAUGCCAUUGUAUUCAGCCGCAGAAUGGACGUGAUGAGUAGUGUUGGUAUUGACAAGAGUGAUAUUCCUGACCUAGCCAAGGGCCUGAAGAACAAUGCUAAUUCAGCCCCAUCUAGUCUCCUUGAUGCCUUAGAACAGCAUUACCAGUCCCUGGAAGGGAAGAAAGGGGUGACAACUCCUGUCAGUGGCUCAAAUUUGUAUAUACCUGCACCCGUGGGGUUUGCUGCGGCCAUUAACACCAUUUCUAGUAACACACCCACAAGCAAUGUGUCGGAGGAAGAGCGACAGCGGAUUUUAGACGAGGAAAAUGCUCGCCUUCAGCAGUUAAAGAAGGAACAGCUUGGCAAGAGCACUGCUGACUCUCCAAAUCAGGAGCAGAGAAUGAAAGAACUCGGGCAGUCACCUCAGCCUAACCCCUCAGCAACAAAUCCGUUCGCAACGCAAACACCAAAUGGGACGAGCGUUUUUUUCGCGUCACCCACAAAGUCGGCAGCACCCCAGAAGGCUAGCGACGACCUUCUUAGUUUUUCAGGAAACCCCUUUGUACAGAACGUUCAAAACGUCAUGGCGAUGCAGAAUGCCACACAAGCGAUGAGUCAGCCCAACUCGUUCGCUCAGUGGAAUAGCGCCCCAGCUACCAGCGUUCCCGCAUCGAGCAGUAUGUUUACAUCCGACGUUGACUUUGAGAAAGUGUUUCCCAACCAGUCAUCCAACACCUCCGCUGGACUACUAACCGAUGCUACAGGUCUCUUAGUUCCUCAGACCUCGGAAAAACCAGCUUUUCCUGGACCUCCCAUGCCGACUAGUCCAGCUCUCCAUCAGAGGAGUUUAACUCCAACCAUGAAUGAGUCAGCACCGGGCCGCCUAAGUCCCGCCCUCAUCUCUUCUGACCAAUCAGGAUUUGAUGCCUUUGGGGAGGUCCUAAAACCAACCUCCAAUGUUGGGAUGAACAGCGCCACACAAGAAAAACUCAUCAACAAAGAUCUGGAUUCCAGUCUGUCACAGCUAGCUGGAAACCUCAACAUCAAAGGGUCAGCGUCGCAGGUCAAAAAACAACAACAUGACUGGCAACCGAAGGGUGAACAGAAGAAGACGGGUGGUCAGAGCUAGCAGGGGCUACCCCCCAACAUCUCUUCCUCCACCUGGACCUCACCCAGCUACGGACAGCCCAUGGUAAAUAGUCAGUCCAAUAUGACAACACAGUCUACAAUGAUAAACUCUCAGCAGCCUCCGAUGAUGGCACCAGUGAUGGGAUACAAUGUUCAACCAAUGAUGCAGCAACCAGGCAUGAUGGGAGUGAGGCCAAUGGGAAUGCAGCCCGCCAUGGGAAUGCAGCAGCCAAUAGGAAUGCAACCUGCUAUGGGUAUGCAGCAACCCAUGGUGUUUGGCAUGCAACCUGCCAUGGGAAACAUGAUGUCACAGCCGCGCCCACCCGCACAAACCAAUCAGGAUCCAUUCGGAGCGUUAUGAGAUUCCAUUAGUAACCAUAAUUCAGGGAGUCGUAGUCAAAUGAGUGUUUGUGAACCAGAAAUAGGCAGGGAUCAAGAAUGUGUGUCAUCACCAUGGCAACCAUCAACUUCAACAUUCCUAUUCAAUCCAUAUCUGAUCUAUGCAUGUGAAAAAAAAAUACACUACAAAAUUUGAUUGAAUCUGACAGGGACAGAACAAUAUCAAUUACAUCACAGUGACAAUAAGAGGUCAAGAAUAAAAACACUUGACCUUUGACCCCACCAGUUGUAGAAUGACAAACUCCACUCAUGAAAUUAUAAGCCUAGUCAUUCAGUGGUGCAAUCUUAAGUAACUGUGGUGAUUGCGAAGUAAGCGACUGAAGCACUACCUUUUAUCUUAUUGGAAAUGGUACCACUCAGUUUUAAUCAAUGUUUAUAAAAUCUUCUUGUUAUCAACAAGUUGAAUUUCAAAUUUGUUCUAGAAAAUCUAGAUUGUAAAUAAUCAUGAGGGAAGUGAAUGAGAUUGAAAGAAUGGUUGUGUUUAUUUUCUGUUGGCAUGGUAACUGUGUUGCCAUGAUUUUGUUAUGGUGAUUAUCUGACAUGAUGACUUCUUAGAUGUAUUCAUUUAGGUUGUUUCUUUCUGAAAUGUGCAGGCUUAUCAUGAUUUUACAGACACUAUGAGGACCUUCAGAAGAUAUAUAUUGGCAGUGUGUUUAUUAGAUAGUUGUAUUUAUUUGGAAUUAAGCACACAAUGUAUUGAAUGGUAGAUGGCUGUUCCUUUGUACACCCUUGUAAGAAUUACUGUAUGAGUGCUAAGCAAAUUUCACUGUUAUGUUUAUUUGUUACAUGUGUAUCGUAUGUGUUAUUGUAAAGUCAAUGGGAAGUAUUCUUAUUUGUUGAAGUUUCCUGGCCUAAUAAUGCCAAGAAAACAUUUAAAAUCAUUAAUACACACAUAUAGUAUAUAUCCAUGUAUUAUUCAGUGUUGUAAGGACCAUUAUAGAACUGUAUGGGCUGAUUUUCACAGAUGACGGGAUACACACAGUGUAUAGGGGUAGUUUUUAGUCCUUGGCACACUAUUGUAUGCAUGGAAGUUGCCAGCAUCACUUGUUUCCAAAUUGUGGUUGAAACAUGACACAUUCCAAACCCAGCUUCUGUCUAUGUGAUAAUACAACUGUAUAAAUUGCCCCGCUCUGACGGCACAGAAAACUUUAUCAAAGUAUUAAUGAUGCACAAGUGUUAAUGACUUCUCAGAACAAAAAAACAGAUUUUUUUUCAUGUGGAAUACUUAAGGCAUUUUGAAGUUACAUUUAUUAGAAGCAAUUGUAAAAACAAAUGGGAAAAUGUCUGCUAGCAAAGCAGAAAGUUGCAAAAGCUUACAUGUAACAAUUCAUGAAUUGGUUAUUCAGGGGGAAAGUUGGUAUAUUCUCGUAGUAUAUAUAGACAAGGAGAAAUUGAUAAGAGUCAAAAUUGACGAUUUUACAGUAUUUUUGUUUCACAUUAUUCUUGAAAUCAAAAAUAGCACUUCAGCUUUAUAAGUUUCAAUUUGAAAAAAAGACAGAAUUUAAGCCAUGUUGCUGUGUGGAAUCUCUGAUGACAAUCAGCCAAUAUUGAAUGACUGAUCAUGCCAUAAAUCUAUGUGAUAACAUGUCAGCCGUGUGGAGUACAUUAUAUACAAUCUGUGACUGUGUUUCCAGUCUUUUGGUAGGAAACUGUUUCUGUUGACCAGAUGUAGUAGUUCCUCUAGACACAAUAAACUCAUGCUGCAUCUCCA